AUGGGUUCUCUUGUGUAUCUGAUCCAACUUCUUUUUUUCCUAUUUUUAGUGGAGAAGUUUACCAACAUUAAAUGCACUUCCUUGGAUCCGGAGUUUGCCCACGUGGACCAUUGCUAUCUAAAGUCAGUGAAUCGUACAUAUAAAUAUCUCUCCUUAAGAGUGAAUUUGUUACAAAAGCCCGUGUCGAGAAUUAAAGUCAACGCUGCCACAUGGAAGCGGUAUAAUGGCUAUAAGCCGUCACUUUAUAACUUCACGGUUGAUGCCUGCAAAUUUAUUAAAAACCCUAAGUCAAAUCCAGUUGCGCAUUACAUUUACAGGCUCUUUAAAGAUUACUCCAAUGUGAAUUAUACCUGUCCCUUUAAUGACGAUGCUAUUGUAGAAAAGCUGCCAAUUAGUUUCGUUAACAACCAAGUAACUUCAGUACUCCCAGUUCCCUCUGGAGACUAUUUGUUUUCAUCGCAUUGGUAUUUCUACGAUAUCAAGCGUGUUACUAUAAAUGUAUAUAUGACAAUAUUUUGA